GUGGCAGGGCUGCAUUAUGUGAGCAUUAGAGUCUCAUUGAAGUUGUCUGUUUCUGGAUCUGAAAGAAUAAGACAGGUCCAUUUCUCUUUCCUGUGUGGUUUGGAGGUAAUCCAAUCUAAACAUGGCAGAUGAAGAAAAUGAGGAGGAAGUCGCAGAAACCCCCACAGAGGAAGUCGAGGUUGAAGUCCCGGCAGAGGAAGAUGCUGCUCCUGCAGAGGAAGAGCCAGAACCAGAGCCAGAGCCAGACGUAGAAGAGCCCACUGCAGUAGAAGAAACGCCUGCAGAAGAAGCCAAUGGAGAGACUCAAGAUUCCAAAGCCAAACCAAAAAGUUUUAUGCCAAAUGUUGCCCCUCCAAAGCUACCAGAGGGAGAUGGUAAAGUCGAUUUUGACGACCUGCAUAGGAAGCGUCAAGAGAAGGACAUGGCUGAGCUGACCUCUCUGAUUGAGUCUCACUUUGUCCAGAGGAAGAAAGAUGAAGAUGAGCUCAUCAGUCUCGUCAACAGGAUCGAGAAGCGUCGUACUGAGAGGGCAGAGCAGCAGAGGAUUCGUGCUGAGCAAGAGAAAGAGAGGCAGGCCCGUCUAGCCGAAGAGAAAGAGAGGAGGGAGCAAGAUGAACAGCGUAGGAAGCACGAUGAUGACGCUAAGAAGAAGAAGGCCCUCACUACCAUGACUCACACGUACGGUGGCAUCCAACAGAAGCAAGAGGGCAAGAAGGGAGCCAAGAAGCAGACUGAGAGAGAAAAGAAGAAGAAGAUUCUGGCUGACAGAAGGAAGGCUCUGAUCAUCGACCAUCUCAACGAGGACAAACUCAAGGAGAAGGCCAAUGAGCUGUGGCAGUGGAUGAUGGAGCUGGAGGCGGAGAAGUUCGACCUCAGCGAGAAACUGAAGAAGCAGAAAUACGACAUGAAUGUUCUCCAGACCCGAAUCAAUGAGCAGCAGAAGUUUGCCAAAGGCAGAGGCAAGGCCAAGGCGGUCAGGAGGUAAUGAGACCUGGCAGGAUGAAGUCUUCUGGACUGAGACGCCAGACGAUAACGGAGGAUUGUUUUGUUGUUCUUCUUGUUAUCAGUGUACAUGCGAAUUACUAUGGAAAUGUACUGUUAUCACGGUCACUGUUUGCAUGAAGCUAGAAACAAUAAAGAGAUGUUUGCUUUUGA